GGCACUGAAGAUGCUGUUCUUGUGUCUUACAAGGAAGAAUUUGGUAAAAUUGUUCCGUAUAAGGAAAAAGUGAAGAGAAAACCAUUUCGCGCCAAAGUGCAAAAGAGCAAAGAGAACUGCCUAGAGGAGGAAAGAAAAAUAUUCAGAGGAUGGACGGAUUUAUUCAGGACUGCAAUGCGUAUGGUUCAAGGACAUUGGAAUUUCACUCCUUGGGGUGGAUCAGUUGUGUCUUCAAUAAUAGGGGUGUUUCUUACCCAGAAUGUUUCUGACCAUCUUUCAAGCUCUGCAUUUAUGUCUAUUGCUGCAAAAUUUCCUGCAAAAUCAGAAGUUUCUGGAAAACCUUCAAAUAGGAUGCUUCAUACAACAUCAGGAGGGUGUGGUGUUUCGUCUGAAUUACCAAGUUGUACUGCAGAUAACUUUGUUGAUACAAAUAUUCAUGUGCCGACAUAUAUGCAACUUCUCUUGAUGCAAGAGAUAAAUGCCAAUAAGAAUGAAACCAGAGUGAUUGAAUCUUUGACCACUCUUCUAUGUUCUCUUGAUCCCUCAUUAAGUGUCAAGAUUCACCUCUCUUCUGUGCCCACAUUAGAAUCUCAGUCGAAAGAUACUGAAAAAUCUUUGACUGACGCUCAUGUGAACGAAUCAAAAACAAAGAAGGCAAGAGGAAAGGGCAGUAAAAAGAGGACAUAUGAUUUUGAGGAUAUAAGAAAAGAGGUCCUCCGCAGCCCUAAGUAUAAAGAAUGUGGUCAAAGUGUAUACGAGAUACUUGAUUUGGAAGCAAUACGACAAUCAGACGUGAAUGAAAUAUCUGAACUAAUUAGAAACCGAGGAAUGCAUAAGAUGUUGGGACAACGGAUAAUAGACUUUCUAAACAGGUUGGUCAGUGCCCAUGGGAGCAUGGAUCUGGAAUGGCUACGAUAUGUAGAUGAAGAGAUAGCAAAGGCUUACCUCUUAAGCAUUGAGGGACUUGGACCCAAAAGUGUAGAGUGUGUGCGGCUUUUAACACUCCAUCACAAGGCAUUCCCUGUGGACACAAAUGUUGCUAGGAUAUGUGUAAGGCUCGGUUGGGUGCCACUUCAACCCCUACCUGAAUCUCUUCAGUUGCACCUCCUGGAGCAGUACCCAGUGCUGAACAAUAUACAUAAAUACAUGUGGCCUCGAUUAUGCAACCUUGAUCAGCAAACAUUAUAUGACCUUCACUAUCAAAUGAUAACUUUUGGAAAGGUAUUCUGUACGAAAACUAAGCCGAACUGCAAAGAAUGCCCAUUGAGAGCCGAGUGCAGGCACUUCGCCAGUGCAUUUUGUAGUGCAAGGCUUGCUCUUUCUGGAUCUGAAGAGAAGAGUUCGGUUACAUUAGGGACUCCAAUUGCUGUGGAAAACCGCCACCAGUCAUAUAUGAGAUAUGCAGAUUUACUUGAGUGGUGGAGUACACAUGCCUGUGACCUUUCUUUGGCUAAUGGCAAGACAAUCAUUGAGGAGCCAGCAAGCCAGGAACCAGGGCAGCAGGAGAUUGAACAACAUGACAUGGAGGAUCAUGCCCCUUAUGAUUCCGAAGUUAUUAGUGAGUUUACACUACAGAACGUCAAGAACUACCUCCAAAAGUUAAAUGCCCUUGUUUCCAUAACGUCUGAAGCUGCUUCUAUCCCAACUCCCAAGCUCAAGAAUGUUAGUCGCCUAAGAACAGAACACCAAGUGUAUGAACUACCAGACGACUCUCCACUUCUGGAAGGGUUUGACAAAAGAGACCCGGAUGUCAAUUGCCCAUAUCUUCUUUGUAUAUGGAACCCAGGUGAAACGGCCGAAUCAAGUGAUACACCUAAUAUAGCUUGCAAAUACCAAUACAAAGCUCAACUAUGUGAAAGUAAUGCAUGCUUUCAUUGCAACGGUAUACAAGGAUCAUAUGACCAGAAAAUCAGAGGAACAAUUUUGAUACCAUGUCGAGAUGCUACGAGAGGAAUCUUUCCACUUGGUGGCACAUACUUCCAAGCAAAUGAGGUUUUUGCCGAUCACGCCUCUAGCCAAAACCCCAUAGUUUUUCCAAGGAAAUGGAUAAAGGAACGAGCAACUAGAACAGUUUUCUUUGGAACUUCAAUUCCUUCAAUAUAUAAAGUGACGAAACCUAGCUCGCCGGUCACCAUUACCGCCGUCGUUAGAGGCCUCCCCGGCGACCAUGAGAUGGACGAGGAGAAGCGCCGUGUCACGGCAAGCGUCCUGGUUGAAGGAAUCGAGAAGAGAGGAUCCCAGAAGCCGCCAAUCCUCCAUUCCCUUUCGACAGUACUCCGCCGGAAAAAGGCAAUCGCCGUCGACCUCGUCUCCGACCGACUCCGGCGAACCUCUAGGUAG